CCGCGUGAUUCGUAUAUCCCCAAAGCAAGCGCAAACAAACGAGCAACCACCAAAUCAGACGCCAGCGACGAGCAAAGCAAGGGGGGAGAUAGGCGGAUGGGGCAGUGCCCGUGCUUCGGAUCGGCGCAGGCGGCGGAGCAGGAGCGGCGGGCGGAGGCGGACCGGCACGAGUCCCAGGACGCCCGCGCCAAGGCCGCCGAGGCCGCGCAGAGGAGACAGGAAGAGUUUGACAAGUCAGCAGCUGGAAGAGCAGCAAAAGCGCAAAUGAAAGCUAUGAAGGAAUCCAAGACAACAUCAAACCAAGGGGAACCGGUUCUUAAGUGGCAGAUGGGAUCAUAAGUCUCGUUUGUGUUUAUUUGCAUCCCUCAGCUUGCUGUUGAUGGUGAAUGAGACUUCCCAUUUCCGAGAGGAUGCAGCGGCACCUUCUUGUUAGUGAUUGUAUGUUGUUAUGCCAGUGAAGUGUACAUCCGUUUACUCAUCUGUUAUAGUGUACAUGCGAUCCAGAUUCCAGAGACACUCAGACUCUGCAGUUACAAGUUUGUGCUGUAUGUAUGAAUAUUGUAUAUCUUUAUCAGCAGUAGUAGUCUAGCAUUUGCAUAGAGGUUUUUUACCUUUUACCCCUCUUCGUAGUUUGCACAAGCCAUGCUCGUGCCCUGACAUCGGCAUCUCUGGUGUAAAUAAUCCAGUGAUAUAGGCUUAGUGAUUUACAGUUACUGAACUCUAUGUUUGUACUGUAUAUUUUUCUUCGCGACAUCAAGCAUCUCGUGCAAAUUUCAUAUUUGGGCA